GGGAUAUUGAGGGGAUCUACACAAAAAAAAUAUCAAUUCUCCACUUUGUUUUGAAAUUCUAAAACCAACUCCUUAACAUGCAAUAUUGGACUUUUCUGGAUCAGCCAAAUUUUUGCUAAAUUUUUGCUAAUUUCUUGCUAAAUUUCAUCGUCUUUUUUCCUCUAACAAUGAAGUUUCAUGCAAAAACUUCUUUUUUCUUCCUUUUCCUAGCCUUCUCAUCUCGUCUCGUUAUCCCUUUCAUGGAUCCGAAAGGUGAGAUGGCGAUCGAUGACUUCCCUACUUGGCUAAACGAUGUGGACAAGAAGCUGCUUCUACACUCCACUUCACAGGAUCUCAAGAGAAACGCCAACAUUGUUGUUGCCAAGGAUGGCAGUGGAAACGUCAAGACAUUGAAGGAGGCGAUCGCAGCUGCACCGGACAAUAGCAAAACUCGAUAUGUGAUAUAUGUGAAGAAAGGCAUAUAUGACGAAGUUGUUAACAUUAGAAAAACGAAUCUGACCAUCGUAGGCGAUGGUAAAAACUUGACAAUUCUCACCGGUAAUUUGAAUCCUAAAGAUGGCGCCAUCGGAACCUUUGAUACCGCAACCCUUGCCGUUGAUGGGGAUGGGUUUCUUGCACAAGAUAUUUGCAUCCGGAACACGGCCGGGCCUACCAAGGGUCAGACUGUGGCUCUUCGUGUGAGCUCUGAUAGGGUAGUUAUCCAUCGGUGUCGUAUUGAAGCGUUUCAAGACACUCUCUACGCGCACAGCCAUCGGCAAUUUUACCGUGGCUGUUACAUCACUGGGACGAUUGAUUUCAUAUGUGGAGACGCAACGGCUGUGUUCCAAUACUGCCAAAUCGAGCCACGAAACCCGAUUAGAAGCCACACCAACAUUAUAACAGCGCAGAAAUGGAACGACACGAGCGAGAGCACGGGGUUUGUGUUCCAGAAGUGCAAUAUAACCGCAAGUAAAGAUCUAGUUCCGAUAAAAAAAAAGGUAAAGACGUAUCUAGGGCGUCCCUGGGGUAGGUUAUCAAGGGUGGUUUUUAUGGAGUCAUUCAUAGACGAUCUAAUCGAGCCAGAGGGUUAUAAGCCAAUGACCAGCGACGUUAAACGUCUCUCCACCUUGUCUUACCGGGAAUACAAAAACACAGGCCCUGGAGCUGAUACAAGCAAACGGGUCAAAUGGAAGGGAUUUAAAGUAAUUACUGAUCCCAAGGAAGCAGCGAAGUUCACGGUGGGAAAAUUUCUACAAGGAAAUUUGUGGAUUAACUCCACUGGAGUACCUUACGACAAUGGUUUUUGAUCACAUUGUCUUUAUGUGUGAUGUUGUUAACUAUAUAUUAGUUAACAUAUAGCCUAAAAUAUAUCUAUAAAAUGUUAUAUAUGCUGUUAGUCAGUGGUGCGAUAACAGUGAUUCAAUUCUAAAUAUAUCUAUAAAAUGUUAUAUAUGUUGUUAGUC